UCGCAUUUAGGGAUGUUCCCGCUAACUGGAAAGGCGAUCAUCUUCGACAACUUCCCUGAUCCAUCCGAUACAUGGGAGAUCAUUGAAACCAUUGGCAAAGGAACAUAUGGAAAAGUCUUCAAAGUACUAAACAAGAAAAAUGACAGCAAAGCCGCAGUUAAGAUUCUGGACCCAAUUCAUGAUAUUGAUGAAGAAAUCGAGAUUGAGUACAAUAUCCUCCAAGCACUCUCGGAUCACGAAAAUGUUGUCAAGUUCUAUGGAAUGUACCAUAAGAAGGACGUGAGGAAUAAACAUCAGCUUUGGCUUGUACUAGAGCUGUGCAAUGGAGGCUCUGUGACUGAUCUUGCCAAAGGCUUAUUAAAGCGAGGGGAGCGAAUGAGUGAACCCAUCAUUGCCUACAUUCUGCACGAAGCUCUAAUGGGCCUGAAACACUUACACAACAACAGGACGAUUCAUCGUGACAUCAAGGGCAAUAACAUUCUAUUAACAACAGAGGGAGGCAUCAAACUUGUGGAUUUUGGUGUUUCAGCUCAGUUAAGUAGCACUCGACUUCGUCGCAACACAUCUGUUGGAACCCCUUUCUGGAUGGCCCCAGAAGUAAUAGCUUGUGAGCAGCAGUUGGAUUCCAGUUACGAUAUACGAUGCGAUGUCUGGUCGUUGGGUAUCACAGCCAUUGAGCUCGGGGAUGGUAGCCCGCCACUGACUGAUCUACAUCCAAUGAGGGCUCUGUUCAAAAUUCCAAGGUAAUCCACUACAGGCUUUAUUGGUGCUAGCAGAACCAUAGAAAAGUUACUGCAGCAUUUCAUAGCGUGGCACCGGGCUUGGAGAUACUGAAACUGCUGCUAAAGCUACCAAAGGAUAAA